UACGCAGGCGUUUACGCGGGUUAAAUCCUCGAUUUCAUCGGGCAUCCUGCUAUAAAUUCAGACGCUGGAGAAGGAAAGGGAAAGGAGGUCUACAGCCACCGAUAGUUCUGCUUCGACGAGAGGUCUAAGUUAUUCAACAGCCAACGUCAACGCGUAUUCAAACCAAAGGACAAAGAUGCUGUUCGUGCUGAUUCUAGCGAUUGCCCUCACAUCAUGCGUCAUGUGUGAGAGAAAUGCUCUGGGCUUGGGUGCCAGAACGAACGAGGACAUCGAACAACUAGAUCACUCUCGCCGUUGGCUUGUGGCUCUUUUCAAGGGUGCCGUGCUGGGCUAUCAGGGCGGCAGAGCCACCGGUUGGUGGAAAAGGGGAGGCGCUGAUGGGAGGAUGGAGCGUUUCAAAGUGAUGAUUCAAGCGAAUCCGUGCGCUUUCAACAUUUACGAUGCAAACGGGGAUGGCGCGAUAACAUGGGAAGAGUUCGAAGCGAUUUUUGGAGAAGGCGAAACAACACACAAAUUGGCCGAGGCACUUGACGAAUCCGGUGACGGUAUGGUGGACGAAAAGGAAUUCAAGAAGGACAUGCAUAAAUUUGUUGAAGGAUGUUAAACUCGCGAUGAUCUAUGCGUCCGGAAUCGUGGGAAAGUUGCUGUUAUACAAUUAUUUCUUACAGAAUUGUUAAUGAUAACUGAAUGCCUUAUUAUAUCGAAUGUUUACUUGACAGUUUGACAGUUUUUGCUAGCAGUAGGCUAUUGUUCAAGUAUGUAUCCUUAAUUCAUUUCAAACUAUACCCACUAUGCACACUUAAAUGCCUUUCAAAUGAAUAAUGUAUAGUCUCACAUUAGCCACUUAAUCAUUUGUGCUUAUUAAACAGAAAUACGCUUUCGUUACACAUUCUUACGUUUAUCGGUGUUUUGCAGUCUUAUUAUUGUACAUCAAUCCUAAUGCACAUAAAUUAACUUUAAGAUUCUCAUCUCAUGGGUAGCGGGUAAAUUUAUACUUUUUUUAUGUACUAUACCAUCUUAACAAUUGAUGAUGGUCGAUACCAUAUUGUGUUAUUUUAACUUAUAAAUAAUUAAUUAAUGCAUUAACUUGCGCAAGUGUUACUUGGUUACUAUAUAUUUGCUUUGAUUGAAUAAAUAUUUAGCAUAAAA